CUGACUUUUAGAUUUAUACAGAGUACCGAGUAGAGCAUAGAACGCAUUCAAAAGUUUCAAUCACAAAAAUUCUAGAUAUUUGGACGAGAGUUCACAAUGCGACGGAGGCCCCAGAGCACGUCAGCAGCGACCACCAAACCAGAAGUGAGUGAAGAACCAAUUGCCCCUUCAUGGGUUGCACAGAGGCCUCAGAGAUCACCCUUUGUUUGGCUCACCUUGUUCUUGGCCAUCGCCUACGGCUCUUGGAGUGUUUUUCAUUACCAGUUCGAGAGCCUGCCUGCGCCUCUGACAGCUGAGCAGGCAGGAAAGAGAGGCUUUUCUGAGUUUUCUGCACUGGAACACGUCAAGGCCUUGACCCAAUUGGGUCCUCACUCUGUUGGCUCUGAUGCUCUUCAUCUAGCUCUCCAGUAUGUUUUGGCAGAAGCUGAGAAGAUCAAGAAAACUGCUCACUGGGAGGUUGAUGUCGAAGUGGACUCGUUCACUGCCAAAUCAGGAGCAAAUCGUAUGGCUGGUGGCUUGUUUAAGGGCAGAACACUUGUUUAUUCGGAUCUAAAUCACAUAAUUAUAAGAAUUUUGCCAAAGUAUGCACCGGAAGCAGUAGAUAAUGCCAUUCUGGUAUCUUCUCACAUUGACACUGUCUUCUCAACGGGAGGGGCUGGAGAUUGCAGUUCUUGUGUAGCUGUCAUGUUGGAACUUGCUCGUGGAAUUUCCCAGUGGGCUCAUGGAUUUAAGCAUGCUGUUAUAUUUUUGUUUAAUACUGGGGAGGAGGAGGGUCUAAAUGGUGCUCAUAGCUUUAUAACUCAGCAUCCAUGGAGUAAAUCGAUUCGUCUGGCUAUUGAUUUGGAGGCCAUGGGUAUUGGAGGGAAGUCUGGCAUAUUUCAGGCUGGUCCUGAUCCUUGGCCUAUCGAGACUUUUGCCGCAGUAGCAAAAUACCCAUCUGGCCAAAUUAUAGCACAGGAUAUAUUUUCUUCUGGAGCCAUAAAAUCUGCAACAGAUUUCCAAGUAUACAGAGAGGUUGCUGGUCUUUCAGGGCUUGACUUCGCUUAUGCUGAUAAUACUGCAGUAUACCAUACAAAGAAUGACAAAUUAGAGCUUCUUAAAUUAGGAUCUCUUCAACAUCUUGGAGAAAAUAUGCUUGCUUUUCUGCUUAAGAUUGCUGCAUCCUCUCAUCUUCCAAAAGUCAAUACAAUGGUAGAAGAGGAUAAUAAGGGCCAGAGCACUGCUGUAUAUUUUGACAUUUUGGGGACAUAUAUGGUCGUCUAUCGUCAACACUUUGCAAAUAUGCUUCAUAAGUCAGUGAUAGCUCAAUCACUUCUAAUAUGGACUACAUCAUUGCUUAUGGGUGGUUAUCCUGCUGCAAUUUCAUUGGCCUUGUCAUGUUUUAGUGUUAUCCUUAUGUGGAUAUUCGCAUUGAGUUUCUCUGUUCUUGCUGCUUUCAUUAUACCCCUAAUAUCUUCUUCACCAGUGCCAUAUGUUGCGAACCCAUGGCUGGUAGUCGGGUUAUUUGCCGCUCCUGCUCUUCUUGGGGCAUUAACUGGUCAAUAUUUGGGUUAUCUUAUUCUGCACACGCAUUUGUCAAAUGUAUACACCAAGAAGAAACAGAUCUCACCUGUUAUUCAAGCUGAUUUGAUUAAAUCAGAGGCUGAAAGAUGGCUCUAUAAAUCUGGAUCUCUUCAGUGGCUCAUUCUCCUCAUUUUGGGAACCUAUUACAAAAUUGGAUCGUCUUAUUUGGCUCUUUUUUGGUUGGUUCCACCAGCAUUCGCUUAUGGCUUUCUUGAAGCGACUCUGACUCCAGCUCGAUUUCCCAAGCCACUCAAACUUGCAACCCUGCUGAUAGGAUUAGCUGUACCAAUAUUAAUUUCUGCUGGCGGAUUUAUUCGCCUGGCUGGAACAAUAAUUGGGACUGUGGUUCGACUUGACAGGAACCCCGGUGGCACUCCUGACUGGCUGGGGAAUGUUAUAGUUGCCACUUAUGUUGCUGCUGUCAUGUGCCUAACUUUGGUCUAUCUCCUUUCAUAUAUUCAUCUUCCAGGUGCCAAGAAAUCGAUUGUGCUUUCAACUUGCUUGCUGUUUGGCCUCUCACUUGCUGUUGUAUCAUUGGGUAUCAUUCCACCAUUUACCAAAGACACAUCCAGAGCUGUAAAUGUUGUUCAUGUUGUAGAUAUGACAAGAAGCUUCGAUGAAAAACAAGAUCCUAGAUCCUAUGUGUCUCUGUUUUCUUCUACUCCUGGGAAAUUGACAAAGGAGGUUGAGCAAAUCAAUGAAGGUUUCAGAUGCGGUAGAGAUAAAGUUGUUGAUCUGGUAACAUUUUCAGUCAAAUACAGUUGCUGGACCUUUGAUGACACUGACAAUGGGUGGAGUGAAUCAGAUGUUCCCACAAUGCACGUUGAUAGUGAUACUCAUGGUGAUGAAAGAAUAACACGAGUUUUAAUUGAUACAAAAGGUUCAACACGAUGGACUCUUGCUAUCAAUGCUGAUGAAAUAGAAGAUUUCACAUUCAAAGAUGCAGGAAGCUCAGAGGAAUUGGUUUUGGUUGGUGACAUGAGCAGUGUAGAUGGGUGGCACAUUAUGCAGUUUUCCGGGGGAAAGAAUGCACCGACGAGGUUCGAUCUGACACUCUUCUGGAUGAAAAACUCUACUCGGUUGGAUCACAAGGUGGAAGGGAAGAGAGAGGAGGGCACUCCCCUUCUAAAGUUAAGAACUGAUAUGGACAUAGUAACUCCUAAAGUUGACAGAGUUCUUUCUAAGCUUCCUCCUUGGUGUUCACAGUUCGGCAAGUCCACGUCCCCCCACACCUUUGCAUUUUUAAGUAACCUUCCUGUUAACUUUUAGGUCCGUUGAAUCUCAUACCCCAGGAAUGUAACUUACAACUUUUACUUCCAAUUACACAGGAACUUUCAGAUUCAAGUAAAGAAAAUGAAUUAUGUAUAAACAGCCACACAAGUUUAUUUAUUUAUUGAAUGGUAUGGGUUUUUAAUAUA